UUUUCUUCAAUUAACAUCACUUGCAAUUGCCAAUAGUGCCCAAUAAUACAAGUGAACUAGCUCCUACCAUUUAAACCAUGGCUUUUUCUAAGCAUUGUUUUCUUCUGUCUAUGAUCGUAGCAUUGUCACUCUCAAGCAUCGAUGUGAGCCUCGCGGCUCGUUGCCUUUUGGACACACCAGUUGCUCCACCCCCAGCAUUAACAUUGCCUACAAUCCCAUCUCUGCCAAAGGCCACAUUGCCUCCUCUGCCAUCAGUGCCCACACUACCUAAAGCCACAUUGCCACCACUUCCAAGCAUCCAAGUCCCAUCUCAGCCAACAUUACCAACCACCACAUUGCCACCAUUGCCUACCAACCCAUUGCCAACACUGCCAAAUCAACCAACUCUUCCCAAGUCCACAUUGCCACCAUUGCCAAGCACCCAAGUCCCAACAUUGCCAACCUUUCCCAAUGUUCCCAAGGUGACACUACCUCCUCUCCCAGCUAAUCCAUUGCCCACCAUCCCAACCACAAUUCCUUCGAUCCCUACCAUUCCCACCACAAUCCCAACAAUCCCUAUCCUAUCCCCACCUCCAUCAAAGUGAAGCACUAUUACACUUGUCCUUGAGAAUUGAUAUGCCACAUUUCUAAUUCCUCUUUCUUCUAGCUUUGCUUGGAUGAUUCUUUGCACCAUUACUUGUUUUACUUUUUGUAUACGUUAGAAUGUAUCUGGGCUCUUUAUCUUUGUCGUUUUUUAUACAGGCUAGUUAGUUUAAGAGAUUAUGAUGAAGUAUUAUUUGUGUCAUUAUAGGGGUCAUUGGAUAUGUGAAUUUUAUUAUUCUUGUAAUGGUUCAUGUGGUUAUGAAUAUGAUUUCUUAUUAUUUAUGUU